GACUCUCGCAUUUUAUCACUCAAAAAUCGUGUAAAACCCAAAACCCUAGCUGCUAGUGAGUUGAAGGAUUCAGUUCUUUACUCUUGUCGAUUUCCCUCGUAAAAUCAAUUCAACGAAUUAAAGCAGGUUACAGAAGAUGGUGGUAAGGAUCCGAUUGUCGAGAUUCGGGUGCAAAAACAAGCCUUUUUAUCGGGUAAUGGCCGCUGAUAGCAGAUCCCCUAGAGAUGGCAAACACCUUGAAGUCCUUGGUUACUACAACCCCCUUCCAGGUCAAGAUGGGGGCAAAAGGAUGGGUCUUAAUUUUGAGAGAGUGAAGUAUUGGUUAUCUGUUGGUGCUCAGCCUUCAGAUCCUGUCCAGCGAAUUCUUUUCAGGGCAGGGGUACUGCCUCCACCCCCAAUGGCUGCAAUAGCACGUAAAGGUGGACCUCGUGACACACGUCCAGUUGAUCCAAUGAGUGGGCGUAUUUUGGAACCAGAGAAGGCAGCCAAUGCUAGCGAGAAUGCGGAAGCUGGAACAUCCACCCAAUGAGACUUCAAUCUCCUUUUGUUUGUCUGAUAUAUUUUUUCUCUUUUAUGGAUGAGGAAAAAGCUGUCUUUGGGUGGGGAGAGUAGGUGCAGCUCAACCCAAUACUUCCACUGCGAUUGUUAGACAAGUGAAUAUUGUGAAAAAUAACUCCAUGUGAGCAUGAUAAUCCAGUGGUUACCAUAUGGUUUAUUGAAUUUCUAGUAUGUUUUGGAAAGAGCUUUAAAUUUAUGUUGCUUUGUUCAAAGUUGUUCUUGCUCCUCCUAGUGUCUAGGCCCUAUUCUGGUCUAUUAUGGUUGAAUUUAAGGCAUAAAACAAGAAAGCUGCUUGGGGCUAUUCUGUAACCAUUUAUUCCAGCAGGCAGAACCUGAAUUAAACAAAUUCAUGCAGUGAA